UCUUUUGUGUGGGAGAAAACGGCUUUGGAUGUUAUGUGAUGAGUGGGGAGUACUUCUUUUCUUACUUAGACUUUGUGCGGUGCAUCAUAUGAUAUGCAAGGGUGUUUCUUUCCUCGAAGAAUAAUUUAUUAAGACCAAAUAAUCAGCCUUUACAAGGCUCUCAAAGAUUUUAGACCAUUCCUGAAAUAAGAAGCUUCACUUAAAAAUGAGCUGACCGAUUCUCCUUAUUCCUAGUUUUCUUUUUUCAAUGCUGAGACACUUCCAUAGGCUGUUUGGGUUUGGAAUGAGUUUUGAAUUGCGUUGUAGAGCUUAUGGUUGUCCAGAGUGGUGCAGCUAAAGAUUUUGGGCUUAUUUGAGCAAGAUAGGGAAAUUUUUGAAUUAGGAUUUCAUUAGAAAGGAUUUUCUAGGUAAAUUUCUGAAUUUUAAGAGGUUUUAAGGAAUAAAGAGUACAAUAUUAGUUCUAGUUUUGAUUCAUUGCACUUUUUAAAACUUCAAAAAUUAAAAUACUGAAAUUCUCUGAAUGUUCUAUUUAAGUCUUCUUUUAUUGAGGAGCUCACAGAUUUUGCUUUAUUUUACAUCUCUAAAUCAAAUUUCGCAUAAAUACCAUAUUUAUUAACUCCUAUAUAAGCUUAAAGAUGCCGAUAGCACAAAAGAAGAGAUUGGCUUUGAUCUAUCUCAAGACACCAUAAAUCCCAAGCCUCAACCAUCUAAGCUUAAAAAGUCAAAAUUCGGUAAUUUGGCAAUGAUUCGUGAUCGCAAAAGAGCAAGUGUCGCUCCAGCAGAUAUUCUCAGUUACUGGAAACCCCCAACAAUUGAGAAUUCCAAGAUGGAAAGCCCAAAGAGCUUAUAUGCCAUUCAGGAAGACUCUUUCAGUCUUGCUUUGUCCGAAAAGAAUCCUCAAGAUAAUCAGUUAAAGAAAUCAGAUUCGGAAAAAUAAGAAAAUAGAGAAGGCCAAUAUGACUAAGGAUGCUAGAUUCCAAGACCUUAUUCGUAAGAUGAAGAUGUACAAUGAGAAGAACAGCACUGAAGAUGACUUCCUCGAUGCAGCAUACCUUGAUAAAGACCAAAGAGAGAGACUUAUGCAUAUUAAGUGUCUUAUCAGAAGUCAUAGCAAGAAUAAAUUAAGAUGGGAUGUGGUCAUCAUGGUCCUUGCUAUUUUUAACUGAUUUGCAAUCCCUGUUGAUGUAGCUUUCCAGCCAGAAUUUAUGAAUGCAUGGUAUAUGAUCAUCAUUAAUACAAUAAUUGACCUGUUGUUCUUUAUUGAUUUGAUAGUUUACUUCAGGACGACCUUCAUUCAUGAAAAGACAGGUAAUGAAAUUAUCGAGCCGAAAAGUAUUGCUUGAUCAUAUCUUAAGGGACGAUUCUGGGUAGACCUACUUGCUACUAUUCCCUUUGAUACUUUUGCAGGUCUGGUCCUUGGUACAAAAGGAUCUUCAUUUCUUAGUAUUUUCUCUCUGUUGAAACUAGUUAGAGUUUUGCGACUUAAUAGAAUAAUCUCUAUUAUGAAGGUAGCGAAUGAAAUAAAGCUCUCUCUAAAAUUAGCAAAGCUUGUAUUCUUUUUAUCAAUGUACCUUCAUUGAUUAGGCUGAUUUUGGUACUUCCUUGCAACUCGGAAUGAUUUGUGGAUUCCUCCUUUAGACUAUGUGUUUGUCACUACUGAAUUUUAUAAUCAAGGGCUAUUCUUUAAGUACCUCUCUUCACUCUACCAUGCUAUUCUGAUGCUUACUGGAAAUGAUAUUGGGCCUAGGGAUGAAGUACAACUAAUGUUUUUAUCUUUUGCUCUCGGAGCCGGAGCAAUUAUCAACGCCAAUAUUAUUGGAGAACUUGCUGUUAUACUUAAUAAACUCAAUAGGAAGGCAUCUAUUUUUCAAGCAAAACUUGAUGUAGCAAAUGAUGCAAUGAGACAUCUUGGUUUACCAGAGAAAUUACAGGUAGAAAUAACAGGAUUCCUGACAUAUUCAAAGUCAUUACUUGAAUCUCAAGAGGAGCUAGAGGAGUUCUUACAUAUGAUUUCUCCAUCUCAGAGGCAAAAAGUUUUGAAACAUAUGUUUACAAGUGCUCUCUAUCAGAAUCUUAUUUUUGAGAAAUCAACAGAAAUGAUAGAUUUUGUCUCAGCAAGACUUGACACCCAAAUUCUUCUUCCUGAUUAUACAGUAGUAACUCAAGGAGAAGAAGAUAAUUCCUUGUUUAUUAUCUCUAAAGGAGAAGUAAAUGUCCAAGUGACUGAUCACAGAGGGAAGACACAUUCCAUCCAGUCUCUUGAAAAAGGAGCUAUUUUUGGAGAAGUAGCAAUGUUAUGUGGUUGCAAAAGGUCUGCUACUGUUAAAACAGUCCAUUAUUCUUCUAUCGCUCAGCUGAAGAAAAACAACUACGACACAGUAUGUAUAGUGUAUCCAAGCUUCCCAUUGAAAUUGAAGAAUCAGUUACGGAAGUAUGACGACCCCUUGAACCAAUUCAAAUAAAAAGACAUUGAGGAAUAUAUACUAUAUGGAAAAUAUCUCAGAGCAGUCUAUUGAGGAGAUCAUGUUCCUACUCGAGCUUGAACAUCAUGAUGCUGGCAAGACCCUCUUCAGGAUCGGAGAUCCAGUCGGGCACAUCUAUCUUGUUGCUAGUGGAGAAAUUCAGAUCUUCAUCGAAAUGGACGAGCGAGAGGUCCUGAUAGACACUCUAAGGGAAGGAUGUUGUCUUGGGUUUAACUCUGUCCUUAAAGACACAAAUAAUAUCUUUAUUGCCAAGUGCACAGGCAAAGCUAGUUUAUAUAAAUUGUCUAAAGAGAAGCUUAAGAGCUUGUACAAUACUUGUGAAGACCUGUAUGAAGAAGUUAAAAAUGCGAAGAAGACUUUUAAAGCUGAAGAAAUUCCCUGUAUCGAUUUUUGAUUACCAAAGCAUGACUUUUUGGAGCAAUCUAAAAGACCAAUUAGAAUCUUUAGAACAGUUGUACAGAGAAUUAUGAGGAUAAACAAAAAUUUAGGGAAAUUUGCAGAUGCUUUUGAAAUCAUAGAAGCUCUUAAAAAGGCACGAAACGGAUCAAAAUUUGAAUCAAAUCCUAACGACUCUACCUAUGAACAAAACAAGAGGACCAUGGAAAUAUUCGAAUCAUACGAUGCCAAGUUUGAAAUGCUAAAAAAGGAGUUGUAUAGCCAAAGAAUGAUCCUUAACAAAAUAAGUUCUAAGCUGUUUCCAGAAACCGAUAGCAAUUGUUUCACAAGUAAUCCUACUUUACACUAAUCUUAUUCUAUAAUUCCUGAAGAGAGUUUGUAUUG